AUGAGCGCUUCGAGAUUCAUAAAGUGCGUUACUGUGGGUGAUGGUGCGGUUGGCAAGACUUGUCUUUUGAUUUCCUACACCAGCAAUACUUUCCCCACGGACUAUGUACCUACUGUAUUUGAUAAUUUCAGCGCAAAUGUCGUCGUCAAUGGAAGCACUGUUAACCUAGGCCUCUGGGAUACUGCUGGACAGGAGGACUAUAACAGAUUAAGACCUUUGAGUUAUCGUGGAGCUGAUGUUUUCAUUUUGGCGUUUUCUCUCAUUAGCAAGGCAAGCUAUGAAAAUGUUUCCAAGAAGUGGAUUCCUGAGUUGAAGCAUUAUGCUCCUGGUGUCCCUAUAGUUCUUGUGGGAACAAAGCUCGAUCUUCGAGAUGACAAACAAUUCUUCGUUGACCAUCCUGGUGCUGUACCAAUCACUACAGCUCAGGGGGAGGAGCUCAGUAAAAUGAUUGGGGCACCUGCUUAUAUUGAAUGUAGUUCAAAAACACAGCUGAACGUGAAAGGAGUUUUUGACGCUGCAAUUAAGGUUGUGCUCCAGCCGCCAAAGCAGAAGAAAAAGAAGGGACGGGUUCAAAAGGCCUGCUCUAUAUUGUGA